AUGGAUGAACAGAAUGAAUCCGAACAAGAUUUCGGAGAUGAAUUUAUUGAGGGAGUGUAUUUUUCUAAAUCUGAUCCGUCAGAAGAUACCCUUGAAGCUGCUUAUAUGGUUGACUCCGUGCAAGACAUUACAAUUUUAAAUUUCAGUGAAAAUUGUGUGGAGAAAAUUGGUAAAAAUCACUUUUCUAUUUUGCAGCUUGCAUUUGAUUUUUAUCUGAAGUACUCAAUGUCAAAGGGCUUUGGUGCAAGGAAGAGUAAGACUUUCAAGAAUAGUAUUGGCGAGGUUUACAAACAAAAGUUUGUAUGUCAUAGGCAAGGAUUCAGGGAGAAAAAGUAUUACACGAUGGAAAAAAGGAAGAAGGAGCCUAGAUUGGAAACAAGAACUGGGUGUGAAGCCCGAAUGGAUGUUAAAUUUGUAACUGAAACUGGAAGAAAAAUGUCAGAGGAAGAUAUUAUACAAAUGAUGAACAUGCUAAAGUCCGGAAUUAACACUUCACAGAUAUUUGGUCUUCUAGCUAGUCCAGCAGGCGGGUAUGAAUUUGUUGGCUAUGAUCCCAGAGAUAUGUACAAUAAGAUUGCUCGGCAAAGGCGUGAAGUUCCUGGUGAUGCAGCAUGA